UUAUUUAGUAUGGUCGGCGAAGAAACAUCGAACAGCCUUAUCAGGUGGUCGGACGAUGGGCAAUCAUUUAUUGUCAUCAACCAUGUUGAGUUCGCAAAAGAGGUCCUUCCUAAGUUCUUCAAACACAACAACUUUUCAUCAUUUGUGCGUCAAUUGAACAUGUAUGGGUUCCAUAAGGUGCCUCAUCUUCAACAAGGAGUCCUCAUGCCAGACUCUGAUUCUGAACAAUGGGAGUUUAGCAACCCACAUUUCCAACGGAAUCAGCCUGAUCUCUUGUAUUUGGUCUCGCGUAAGAAAGCCUCUAAUGCCAAUGAAGACAAAGAUGCGCUCACUAUGGAUCUAGGACAUAUUCUUCAAGAAGUCACAGCGAUCAAGAGGCAUCAGGUCGCUAUUUCGACUGAUUUGAAGAAUAUCGAAAGAGAUCAUCAGGCGCUCUGGCAAGAAUCUGUCGCGGCACGAGAGCGACACCAGAGGCAACAAGAGACCAUUGAUAAGAUUCUUAGGUUCUUGGCGAGCGUGUUUUCUGGAGAAAAGAAGAGAGCUAUCGUACCCAACAAGAAGGUGCGACUUACAAUUACAGACGGAGAUCAUCUAGAUGGUAUGGUGGGAUCGACAACAGUGGAUGACGGUCGGAAACUUGUUGAACAGGAGGACGAGGAAGAGGUUGAGGAAGAGGAAGAAACAGCGUCCACAACUGUUGCAGGAUCCAAGAGGAAACGAAGUGAAGCGGAUAAUGGAGCCGGAACUGUGGAAGCUGUUCUCAACCACAGCAAGCCGUCAUUGAACAUUAGCGAGAUAACACCAGGUACUGAGAUAUUUCAGCUCUUCUAUUUUAAUUUAUUUAUUUCUUUUUUACCUUAGUGAUAUGGGAUGUAACCAUCUUACUUCUGAACAACGCACUCUUGUUUAGCUACACUGGCAAUGCUCGCUAACGCCAAUGGUAAUAUAAACCAAAAACAUACUUCGGACGUAGGGUUGAGCGUGCCGUCAUCGACAAGCGCUGCUGCAACAGCU